AUGGGGUUACCCUCUAAGACAAACAACAAAGCCUUGAGGCAGUCCGAUAAGGACUAUAGAUUAACUAACAAAGGUAGAAGCAGUGCUUCCAUACCAGGUCUUCCAGGCCUCCCAUCUGGGCGCUCUGGCAAGAGUUCGGCGAAGUGUGGUAUUAAUUCGCUAGCUCAGCCGGCGCAGUCACCAGGUUCGUCAACGAACCGUCACGAGAAGAGUUUAGAGAAAUCAGGUAGAAACUCUUCGCCUAAGCGCUUUGCUCUAGUUAGGGACCCGUGUUUCUCCGAUAUGAAUUCACGUUGUGAUCUAUAUCCGGAUGUCUGCGAACGUCAUUGGGACAAGAUGCAGUCGGACAUGCUGGCCAAUGAAGGCGCGGACGGCAAUAGCUGGGCAGACGAGUGCCCUAUAGAAGCGGAUGUCUCGAUGGAUCAGCUGGAGGCAGACGUGCUGGACUUUCAAUAUGGCGGCGCACCUUCCUCCCCCGCGUCCUCCACCCCUGCGCCCCUCUUUCCCCCUUCCCCUGCGCGCGAGCCUUCACCUCCUCGUCCCUACCCUUCGCGAGACGGAAGCGGUGACUCUAAGCUAUGCUCUGGUGUCUCGGACGGCCAACAGGUUGCGUCAGGCGCGGCUAAUGCCAAUCCUGCACCAGCGUUGUGCCAGAUCAUUGCGCUCUUGCGUACCCUGAUCAGUACUCUCCCUUUGGGUCCUCAAGCCCCGGUUAUAUCGGCUCUUUUGGACUCCAUUGUGGAGCUCGUACAGGCCAGCCUGGGCAGUGGUUCGGCUGAUGCCAAACCUGCGGGUUCCACCCCAACCUUGCCCAUCCAAAGACG